AAGCAAUGAAAUCCCUUGAAUAGUUUUGCAUUGGCAGAGUUCAAAGAUUCUUCAAACGAAAUGUGCAAAAUUGCAAUAAUUCUUCUUUUGGUCUCGGCCUCUUCUCACGUCAAUUCACAUGGACGCCUCUGGAGACCAUUAAAUCGAUCGAAAUUUGUACAAAUUGCACAGAUCUGUUUGGAGAGAUCCAGCAUUCGCAUCUUUCAACCUACCCCAAAACUAUGACGAUAUGCAAUUGUGGUGCGGAUCAGUUCAUCAGCCAGACAAUCCUGGUAUGAUAUGUGGUGUCUGUGGCGAUCCUUUGUCUCAAGUUCAACCGAGAGAUAACGAAAUAGGAGGUAGAUGGUAUCGAGGAAUUAUAACCGAAAGAUACACCGCCGGAAGUGUAAUCGAAAUCGAAGUGCAAAUUACUGCUGCCCAUUCCGGGUUCAUGGAGUUCAGAUUGUGCACUAAUCCUCAAUCUGGUGAAACACAGGCGUGUUUCAAUCAACAUCUUUUACAACGCGCUGAUGGACAAGGAUCACGAGUACCUGUCGAUCGUGGAGCUGGCUGGUAUAACACUCGGUUCCGUCUUCCAAUUGGUGUAAGAUGUGACCACUGUGUGAUACAAUGGAAUUAUAGAGCCGGUAACGAUUGGGGUCUGUGUCCUAAUGGUACUGGAGCUUUGGGCUGUGGACCGCAAGAAACAUUCCGUGGCUGUGCAGAUGUUAGCAUUUCAUAAAGACCCUGUGAUUUACUUUUGACGUGUAGUAAAUAAUUAAAAAAUCAAAU